AUGUCUGCCAUAACGCUCGAAAUCCUGAAGAUCACCGUCGGCGCUGGUUUCCAGCUCACCUGUCCUGCUUUCGCCCAGUUGCGCCAGACGGCCUUCUCAGCGGGCGUGAAGGACCAGUGGUACGGUAUGAUCCAGGACCGGUCAAACCUGCUAUGCUGGCUCAUCGAAUGGCCCGCCAGCAUUCGUGAUCCUCUAUCCUACGCGGGCCCCGAGCCAUCGAAGAUAAACUUCCGAGACUCUAUCCGCGCUCUCGAUGCCCAGCAAUCGCCCACGUCCUGGCUACUACCCUUCGAGAAUGCAGAUCUCAUCCGACCGGCUUUGGUUGCGCCUGUCUGUGAAAUUUGUGAUGUCAACCUCAAGCCUGGCGUGGACCGGACCCGGCCUGACAUUGCGAAGUCCCUGCACAAGACCUUCACCGACUGCUACGAUGCGCCUGAUGGAGGGUUUACGGGCGGUUAUUGGGCCGUCAACACCCUCAACGAUCGGCACAAUGUGUACCUCCUCGGGUGGGAGAGCAGACAGCUCCACGCCAAGUACUUCGCCACCCCUCUCUGUGCUCUCGAGCUUAAGAACCUGGACCCGUAUAGUGAAGGCGGGGAAGGUCUUUUUGUGAAUCUUACGCAUGAGCGCAAUGAGUAA